GGGUACUUAUCAUGCUAUAACACUAGCCAAUCAGAAUGCCGAGAAAAAUAGUGUCAGCCAAUCCUAGUGCAAGGGAGGCGGGAUUUAUCGGAAUACAGGUGGGAUGAAACAGAACCGACUGCGCAUAGAGAAGUAGAGAAGUUUGUGAACGCAUGUCAACUUUUGUGGAGAGUUGAAUUGUGUAAAUGCAAAAAUAAACUAAUAAAUAAAGACUUUCUGCUGCAGUUGGAGUCAAAUAAUUCGAUGUCUGCACGGAUUUAGAAGUAAGUCCUCAUCAUGUCAGCGAGAACUCUGUCUGCUCUUCUGUUUCUCUGCCUGGUUCAGGUCGGGCGCCGGGGUCUCGCCUCCGCUCCUGAGCUGCGAGAGCCGCCGAAGAAAAUAGCCGUCAUCGGAGCUGGGAUCGGAGGAACGGCGGCGGCGUUUUUCCUCAGGCAGGAGUUUGGGGCGUCCGUGAAGAUCGACGUGUUCGAGUCGGGAUCGGUGGGAGGACGUCUGGCUACAGAGGACGUCGGAGGACACGAGUACGAGAUGGGAGGCUCCAUCUUACACCCGCUCAACCUGCACAUGAAGCACUUUGUGGACAGACUAGGUCUGUCGGCGCGUGCUGAGGUGCCCACUAAACUGGCCUUCUUCGAUGGGAAGGAGUUGGUGUUCGAGGAGAGCGACUGGUUCAUCGUGAACUUCCUGCGCAUGCUGUGGCGCUACGGCUUGAACUCCAUCCGCAUGCACAUGUGGGUGGAGGGGAUUCUGGACAAGUUCAUGAGGAUUUAUCAGUACCAGCAGUUCGGUUACUCCUUCACCAGCGCCGAGAAGAUGCUGCACGCCCUGGGCGGAGACGCUUUCCUCUCCCUGCUCAACCAGACGCUGGAGGAGGCCAUGCGGUCUCACGGCUUCUCUCAGGCCUUCAUUAACGACGUCGUCACGCCCAUCUCCCGCUUCAGUUACCUCCAGAGCGUCCGUCUGCAUGCUCUCGUGGGCGCGGUGGCGUUAUCGGGUACAGAUUCGGGUCUGUGGGCCGUGGACGGAGGAAAUAAGAAGGUCUGUUCUGGUCUUCUGUACAACAGCAAAGCUGAACUCAUCUCAGCACGCGUGACCUCCAUCAGCCUCAAAACCAGACCAUCCAAAACCGGUUCCGUCUCGAGUCUCUAUGAAGUGAACUACGUGGGCGAAUCCGGCUCCGCCCAUUCUCUGUACGACAUCGUGAUCGUGGCCACGCCCCUUCACCAGGGUCUGUCCGACAUCAGCUUCUCGGGCUUCUCUCCUCCGGUGCCCUCGCACUUCCCCGGGCGCUACCACACCACCGUGAGCACGCUCGUCCAGGGCGUCCUCAACGUCUCGUACUUCGACCCCGCCCGGGCUCCCGGCGAGUUCUACGUCACCGAUAUAUUCACCACGGAUAAGGAGGAACUGGGCGUGGCCAGCGUGAGCGCGGUGAACCCGGUCCACAUCCCCCCGGGUCACUCGCGCUCCCCGGCCGGCCGGAGCAAAGUGUGGCGGAUGUUUUCUAACGAGCCGCUGAGCGAGGAGCAGCUGAGGACGCUGUUCGUGUCGCGGGAGCGCGUGCUGGAGAGGCGCUGGCUGGCGUACCCGUCCUACAGGGCGCCGGAGAGACGCGCCCCGCCGUUCGUGCUCCACCAAAACCUCUUCUACAUCAACUCCAUCGAGUGGGCGGCCUCGUCCAUCGAAAUGAACGCCGUCUCGGCCAGGAACGUCGCCCUGCUCGCCCGGCACCGCUGGCACGGCCAGACGGAGAAGGUGGACCAGGAGGAUCUGCACGCCCGCCUCCGGGGGGAGCUGUAGCGCCGAGAGAAUAAUAAUGUUCAGCACUUAGUUUCUAAUCGAUCGCUAACAUAUAAAGAAAAUCAUCUGCUUCUGACUGUGAAGCAACAGUUUAGGGAAGGUCCUGUCCUGUUCCAGCAUGAGCAACGACGUGUCAUGUUUGUUUUUUAGAAAUGAUUUGUGUCUCGUUUUACUUCUAGAUUAAAUCUCGUGUAAAUAAUUAAGCACUAAAAUGCACACAAGCAUCAAAAUACUGUAAAAUUUUAAUAUAUUAGAAUUAUAAAAAUACUGGGGCGCUUGGGUGGCUCAGAGGUAAAACGCACAAGCUUGUGAGUUCGAAUCUCGGCUCUGCUUUCAGCCGGUUGGGCGCCUUUACAGAUAAAGAGCAGCUCAUUCGAGGGUGGAAGUGCCAUAGGGGUUAAUCAUAACUGCUGUAAUUACGCCCUCUGCUGGCUGAUCGAGGUGCUACACUGAGACGGGGGAUAACGGAGAUCAGUGUGUGAUUCUCCGUACGUGUGUUAGUCACGGCUCUCAUCGCUCAGGAGUGCAGUAGAGGUGAAAUACGAGCAGGGAAUUGGAUAUGUCUAACUGGGGGAAACGUGCAUUAAAAUGCAUUUUGUAAAUAUAGUUGUGCUGUUUCUGUACAAUAGAAAUAUAAUAGAAAUUAAUUCACUGGAGUGAAUCAGCAGCUUGUUUAAUUUUGAACAAACGAGUGAUUAAUUGUAUUAAUUGCACUAAACAAAAAUCACUUUGUUUACAUUGAAAUAAAAACAUUGACGUUUGUUGCUGGUAUAAAA